AUGAAGAGUUUGCGAAGGGAUUUCUCUUCGGAUUCCCAUGCCGCAAAUGUGACGAGCAAAGUCUUCCUUCGAUCCACGAAAAGUGGGAAAGUGCAAAAGAUCGUUCGAGAGCUCUAUCUACGACAGGAUAUUCCUUGCUCUUCGAAACUAUGUUCGAUAUGUCCAUCUGUCGCUCCAACCGAUGCAAAUGGAAAUAUUUCACCUUUCGUUCUUUCAGAGCAGCCCGCCGGUACAAGCGCUUUCCCACGAGGCCAUUAUCUUGUCCCUGAUACAAAUGCUUUGUUGAAUGGUAUGGAUUUGUUUGAACAUACGGGAGCGUUCUACGAUGUGAUCAUCCUUCAAACCGUGCUCGAGGAACUGAAGAACCUGUCUCUCCCUCUCUACAACCGCUUGCUUUCGUUGAUCAAGACCGACGAGAAGCGCUUCUACCUUUUCUUCAACGAAUUCCGACUGGAGACACAUGUUCGCCGAGAUCAGAAUGAGUCGAUCAAUGAUCGCAAUGAUCGGGCCGUGCGGGCUGUGGCCAAAUGGUACACGGAACAUCUUCAGGUCGCAACCCACAAGGGAAGAAAAGGGAAGACAAUACCCACCAUUGUUGUCAUCACAGAUGAUAAAGAUAACUUGCGCAAAGCGAAGGAGGAAAAUGUGACUGCCCUAUCGCUUCCCGAUUAUGUUGCGGGCUUGGAGGAUUCAGACCGGCUACUCGACAUGAUCAACGAGUCAAAGGAAGCCAGGGAAGCGAAAGUUGCACGUGGGGAACUAUUUUACCCAGAGUAUUACAGCAUGUCUAAGCUUAUGACCGGCAUAAGGGCUGGAACGCUACACCAAGGCGUAUUCAAUGUCUCGCCCUAUAACUAUCUGGAAGGCUCCGUCAACGUUGCAGCAUUCGACAAACCGCUGAUCAUCCUCGGUCGUGAUAACAGCAACCGAGCCAUCUCUGGAGAUGUUGUCGUAAUUGAAGUGCUUCCCAAGGAUCAAUGGAAGUCACCUUCAACCAAGAUUGUUGACGAAGAAGCCGUCACCAAGAACGACAACCCCGACGCUGAAGACAACGAGGCGGUGGUAACUGAGCGAGAGCGGAAGGCCCUGCAGGAAGAGGUUAAACAAGCCCACGGCAAGAACUCUGAGGGUAGGCCGCAGCCGACAGCUAAAGUUGUGGGAGUUAUGAAACGAAACUGGCGCCAGUAUGUCGGGCAUGUCGACUCAGGCUCCACAGGCGUGCACACCAGCUCCGGCCGACGACAGCAAAAUUUGUUUGUUUUGCCGAUGGAUAAAAAAGUCCCGAAAAUCAAGGUCCGCACUAGGCAAGCCGCUGAGUUGCUCGGUCAGCGCAUUCUCGUCACAAUUGAUGCCUGGGACCGUGACUCCCGGUACCCGACGGGUCAUUUCAUUCGGUCGUUAGGAGCGCUGGAGACGAAGGGAGCGGAAACUGAAGCUCUGCUGCUAGAAUAUGACGUACAGUACAAGCCAUUCCCCAAGGCGGUUCUGGACUGUCUUCCUGCUGAGGGACACGAUUGGAGAGUUCCCGCCAGUAAGGACGAUGUCGGCUGGACAGGACGAAGAGAUCUCCGGGAUCUUCUCAUCUGCAGUAUUGACCCCCCGGGCUGCCAGGAUAUUGAUGACGCCCUACAUGCACGACCGUUGCCGAAUGGCAACUUUGAAGUGGGAGUCCAUAUUGCCGACGUCUCGCACUUUGUCAAGCCCAAUAACGCAAUGGACCUCGAGGCAAGCGUGCGUGGAACGACCGUGUAUUUGGUAGAUAAGCGUAUUGAUAUGCUUCCCCACUUGCUGGGUACGGAUCUUUGCUCGCUACAGCCCUAUGUGGAACGCUAUGCCUUCUCAGUCCUGUGGGAAAUGACCCCGAACGCCGAGGUGGUCUCUGCCGAGUUCACCAAGUCUGUGAUCCGGUCCCGUGAAGCCUUCAGCUAUGAGCAAGCCCAGAAGCGCAUCGACGACACCUCUCAGAAUGACGAAUUGACAGAGAGCAUGCGCACUUUGCUACGUUUCUCCAAGAUCCUCCGGCAAAAGCGAAUGGAUGCUGGCGCACUGAAUCUUGCCUCGCCAGAAGUCCGGAUCGAAGCCGACAACGACGAGGUCGGCGAUCCGCUUAGCGAUGUCAAGACCAAAGCCAUGUUGGCGACCAACAGCCUCGUAGAAGAGUUCAUGCUUCACGCUAACAUCACAGUUGCGACUAAGAUUUACGAUUCUUUCUCCCAAACGGCCAUGCUCCGACGACACGCCACCCCUCCGCCGCAAAACUUCGAAGACCUCAUAAAUCAACUCUCCAAGAAACGGAACAUGAGACUCGACGUCUCCAGCUCUCGGGCCCUGGCCGAUUCGCUGGACCGUUGUGUAGACGAGAAGAAUCCUUUCUUCAAUACCCUGGUCCGUAUUCUCGCCACGCGGUGUAUGACAUCUGCAGAAUACUUCUGUGCCGGAGCUCAUGCGGAAUCGGAGUUCCGUCACUACGGCCUGGCCUCGCCCAUCUACACGCACUUUACCUCUCCCAUCCGACGAUAUGCCGAUUUGCUGGUCCAUCGACAACUGGCGUCUGCAAUCGGGUACGAUGGUGAAGAUGGCCGGGCGUCCAUCGAGGGAGUCAUGACACGCAACCGUCUGGAGGAUAUUUGCCGGAACAUCAAUUAUCGACAUCGCAAUGCGCAGUUUGCCAGUCGCGCCAGCAUUGAAUACUACGUUGGACAGGCGCUCAAGUCUCGUGGGGAGAAGAUGGCCGCCGACGGAGUCGACGCGGGCAUUGAUGAGGAAGGAUACGUCAUGCGGGUGUUCGAGAACGGCGUCGUCGUGUUCGUCCCGCGUUUCGGCAUCGAGGGAGUGGUUCGUCUCGAAGACUUUGUCCUCCCGGGCGACUCGGCGCUCCGGUCGGUUGAACAGCGACGGAAGCUGGUGGUGCGCCGCGAGAGUGAGUUUGACAUUGAGGAAUACACGCUGCAUGUCUCGGAGAAGGGACAGUCGGAGAAUGACCGGGGAAUGACCGUUGAGCUCUUCCAGAGAGUGCGGGUCAACAUCAGCUCUGUUAAGGAAGAGAGUGGCCGGGGAGCUGGAAAGCGGCGCGUACGGGUUUUGAUUCUGGGGGAAGCGUAA